CUCGCCACACUAGAGCCGCUUGUAUUACACGUGACUUCAGACCAGCAGCUGGUGAAGAGUGAGCUCCGUCCGAGCGUCUGUGGUUCUUAAAAGAUUUUUUUGCAACAGCAAUCAGCGGGAAGUUCUUGAAGUUGGCGCGUUGCUUUGAGAGGAUGAGGCUUCUGCUAGUGUUGUCCGCCCUGGCCCUGGGCUCGGCCCUGGCCGCCCCGCAAGGAAUCGACGCUGACGCCGAAAUCCUUCCCGGAGGCAUCAGGCCCCCGAGGCGUCGCCCCACAGCCAGAGGGAACGAUGACGACGGCUUCCAGAUCCUGGUGUUGGAGCCCCCGCGGCGGACUACUAGUCUCAUGUCCACCCUCCUCCGAGAACUGUUUGGACUCGGAGGUACUCUUGGAAGACGUACUGGAGGAGGAGCCUCCCCCGACACCCGGACUCAAGCUGGGGAAGAUGCCACGCCACUUCAGGAGUCCGGCAACACCCCGAACCUGUUCUUCGACAGACCAUUCUUCACUGAUAUCUUCAGACGCCCCUUCUUCCCCCGAGUGCCGUCUUUCUCCGGCCUGCCGUCCAUCGACUUCUUCCCGGACCUCACAGAUUUGCCUGACAAUUAUGACAACUCCACCCACGAGGUGAAGAUGGUCAACGGGUCCCGCGUUGAGAUGAACCGCACCGUCUCCAAGACGACCAACGACAAUGGUGGCGUCUUCUACACUCACGUGCACACCAUUAGGAGAUUGCCGGAGAGCGCUCCAGACGCCGACAACAACGUGUCGGCCGCUGGAGGUGGUCCCCAGGAGUCCCCUGAGGAAGCUGAUGCCCAGACACCCAAGUCUGGCACAGUGCCACAGGGCAAUUCCGCCGACAACCAGGUGGAUCCGUAUGAGGACUUUGGGCUGGCUUCAGGAGCCGCACAAACACGCCCCCGCCGAUGGAUGUUCAGGUGGCUUCAGGAUCCCUCCAGGCGCGCCUCGACCCGCGCCCCCGCCCUCCACAACCACCCCAACUCCCUACAUCUACCCACCGACAAGAUCACAUACAACCUUAAACCCAAAUCUGCCACCGAGCUGAAGGUAGAGGACGAGAUCUGGAGUAACCGAGUGCCUACACAUUCCUCCCGGCCAAUCAACAGUGUUAUUGUGCCUAAGCCCACCACCCGGCCAAUCAGUAGUGCCAGAGUGCCAAUCAUCAACAACAGUGACAUAGCCGUCAACUACAUCGGCCGAGUUCCUCGACCGUCCAAUCCGGACGCCGAGAUCUUUGAUAUUGAUCUCGUCCGGAAAAAUGAGCGGGAAUAUUUCGAAGGGCUUUCCCAGCCAAUAAGAGGACAGCCACAUGCAUCCCAGCCAAUCACUUCACAGCCUAUGCUCUCCCGGCCGCUCAGGUCACAGCUGAUGUACCAGCCAAUCAAUUCGCAGCCGAUAUUCCAACCAAUCAGAUCACAGCCGAUGUUCCAACCAAUCAGGUCGCAACCCAUAAGGUUAUAAGCAAUAGUGUAAGUCUUCAUGCGCAAUCCCAAAGAAUCAAGCUUCCCUAAGCUGAUUGUUGCCUAAAUAAGCUUUAAUUUAUUAAAAGUUGCUUAUAUCCAAAUGUCACGUAAUAUAUUUUGGUCUCUAAUUCCUCCACGACCCCAUCAGGUAGCUUCCUCCACGACCCCAUCAGGUAGCUUCCUCCACGACCCCAUCAGGUAGCUUCCUCCACGACCCCAUCAGGUAGCUUCCUCCACGUCCCCAUCAGGUAGCUUCCUCCACGACCCCAUCAGGUAGCUUCCUCCACGUCCCCAUCAGGUAGCUUCCUCCACGUCCCCAUCAGGUAGCUUCCUCCACGACCCCAUCAGGUAGCUUCCUCCACGUUCCCAUCAGGUAGCUUCCUCCACGUCCCCAUCAGGUAGCUUCCUCCACGUCCCCAUCAGGUAGCUUCCUCCACGUCCCCAUCAGGUAGCUUCCUCCACGUCCCCAUCAGGUAGCUUCCUCCACGUCCCCAUCAGGUAGCUUCCUCCACGUCCCCAUCAGGUAGCUUCCUCCACGUCCCCAUCAGGUAGCUUCCUCCACGUCCCCAUCAGGUAGCUUCCUCCACGUCCCCAUCAGGUAGCUUCCUCCACGUCCCCAUCAGGUAGCUUCCUCCACGUCCCCAUCAGGUAGCUUCCUCCACGUCCCCAUCAGGUAGCUUCCUCCACGUCCCCAUCAGGUAGCUUCCUCCACGUCCCCAUCAGGUAGCUUCCUCCACGCCCCCAUCAGGUAGCUUCCUCCACGCCCCCAUCAAGUAGCUUCCUCCACGACCCCAUCAGGUAGCUUCCUCCACGUCCCCAUCAGGUAGCUUCCUCCACGCCCCCAUCAGGUAGCUUCCUCCACGUCCCCAUCAGGUAGCUUCCUCCACGACCCCAACAGGUAGCUUCCUCCACGUCCCCAUCAGGUAGCUUCCUCCACGCCCCCAUCAGGUAGCUUCCUCCACGUCCCCAUCAGGUAGCUUCCUCCACGUCCCCAUCAGGUAGCUUCCUCCACGACCCCAACAGGUAGCUUCCUCCACGACCCCAACAGGUAGCUUCCUCCACGUCCCCAUCAGGUAGCUUCCUCCACGCCCCCAUCAGGUAGCUUCCUCCACGUCCCCAUCAGGUAGCUUCCUCCACGUCCCCAUCAGGUAGCUUCCUCCACGUCCCCAUCAGGUAGCUUCCUCCACGUCCCCAUCAGGUAGCUUCCUCCACGUCCCCAUCAGGUAGCUUCCUCCACGUCCCCAUCAGGUAGCUUCCUCCACGUCCCCAUCAGGUAGCUUCCUCCACGUCCCCAUCAGGUAGCUUCCUCCACGUCCCCAUCAGGUAGCUUCCUCCACGACCCCAACAGGUAGCUUCCUCCACGACCCCAACAGGUAGCUUCCUCCACGCCCCCAUCAGGUAGCUUCCUCCACGUCCCCAUCAGGUAGCUUCCUCCACGUCCCCAUCAGGUAGCUUCCUCCACGUCCCCAUCAGGUAGCUUCCUCCACGUCCCCAUCAGGUAGCUUCCUCCACGUCCCCAUCAGGUAGCUUCCUCCACGUCCCCAUCAGGUAGCUUCCUCCACGUCCCCAUCAGGUAGCUUCCUCCACGACCCCAUCAGGUAGCUUCCUCCACGACCCCAUCAGGUAGCUUCCUCCACGUCCCCAUCAGGUAGCUUCCUCCACGUUCCCAUCAGGAAACUUCCUCGACUAAUAAGACGGAGCAGCUCUAUUUAUUUCUGAUUUGGUGAUGUGCUGUUGUGUAUGCUUGGUACACUGAUGUGUAUGCUUGGUACACUGAUGUGUAUGGUUGGUACACUGAUGUGUGUAUGGUUGGUACACUGAUGUGUAUGGUUGGUACACUGAUGUGUAUGGUUGGUACACUGAUGGGUAUGCUUGGUACACUGAUGUGUAUGGUUGGUACACUGAUGUGUAUGCUUGGUACACUGAUGUGUAUGCUUGGUACACUGAUGUGUAUGGUUGGUACACUGAUGUGUAUGGUUGGUACACUGUUGUGUAUGGUUGGUACACUGAUGUGUAUGGUUGGUACACUGUUGUGUAUGCUUGGUACACUGAUGUGUAUGCUUGGUACACUGAUGUGUAUGGUUGGUACACUGAUGUGUAUGCUUGGUACACUGAUGUGUAUGCUUGGUACACUGAUGUGUAUGCUUGGUACACUGAUGUGUAUGCUUGGUACACUGAUGUGUAUGCUUGGUAUACUGCUGUGUAUGCUUGGUACACUGUUGUGUAUGGUUGGUAUACUGCUGUGAAUGGUUGUCGUUAGUAUGUGUAUUGUUGCCGAGCUGCUGGGUAUGUUUGGUGUGGUGUUGGGUAUGGUUGGUGUGUCUCCAACACCAACAUUCAAUCAUCAACUUACAAUACUCAUUUGUACACAAUCAAAGAAUUGUUCGUGAUAAAAAAUAUGUAUUAAUUAAAGACAUAAUUAUGUUCUGUCCUCAGUGUGUGUGUGUGUGUGUGUGUGUGUGUGUGUGUGUGUGUGUGUGUGUGUGUGUGUGUGUGUGUGUGUGUGUGUGUGUGUGUGUGUGUGUGUGUGAGCAUAACUGUAGCCUUGUAUUAACUAACAUUAUAACAGAUAAUCACACUUAUACCAAAGAUAAUACAUAUUCUCUGUGGCUCGAUUCUACUGAACUAGCGUCUGUCUGUGGGUAUGUUUUGAACGAUUACCUGGGUAUUUUUAAUUAUUUAUGUAUUAUUUUUAAUAAAUGAAUUACUUUUGGUAA